AUGUAGAUAAAGCUUGCGUAGGUAUCAUUCUACCACUCACAGAUAAUAUGUAUGGAGAUAAAAAUAGGCGACUACCCAAGACUGCAGAGGUGCAUCGACUGCCGUAUAAUAGGUGGUACUUGUUAGCUAACCCCUUCUCUUAGUAUACUCCGUUUCCUUAUGCGGUGCCCCUACCGCAUCGUCUCCUCCGAUGUCUGUAUCAUUGCGGCGAAGUCGACACAAGAGCGGUAUUCUCACAGCCUUAAGGACUAUAAUAGUAUAGAUGCUCUAUUUAUGAACGAACCCCCACAUGUUGUAUGCAGCUAGCCCGGGGGAAAGCAACGAUUUAGGUACUACACCGAUAAUGAUGCGAAGAGUAUGUAGAUAAAAUAAUAUGCGUUUCUUACAAGACUACCUACUUGUCGCUCGUGGCUGCAGAGGAUCCAGUUAUGGCUUGUAGUUUUGCUGGAUAUAGCUACAAUACAAUCACUUUGACUGUUCGUACUCGACAGUGUAUCGGACAAAACCUCAGAUACUAUUGAUUUGUUUAGUGCAAAACCUCGAAGUUGGAAGAUGGAAUGUACGGAACCCUCAAAUUCAGGGGCAAGCGCUUCGAACCCUGUCAUCCCAGAGCCAAUAGCUAUUGUUGGAAUGGGCUGCCGAUGGCCCGGUGGUGUUCGGAAUACGUCACAACUAUGGGAAUUACUUAAAAAUGGUAAAGAUGGAUGGGCAAAAUUUCAAGCUGAUCGUAUUAACCUGGACGGGUAUUACCAUCCAAAUGGCCAGCGACCUGGUAGCAUGUUCACUACAGGGGCUCAUUUGUUACAAGAAGACCCUAGGUAUUUUGAUCAUGCCUUUUUCGGAAUAUCGGCAGCAGAAGCCUUGUCGAUGGACCCAAGUCAGCGAAAAUUACUUGAAGUAACUUAUGAGGCUUUUGAAAACGCCGGUGAGCCGUGGCAUAAGUUUUCUGGCUCAAGAACUGGAGUUUUCAUAGGGAAUUUCAACAAUGAGCAUCAAGUUAUGCAGUUUCGUGACCUAGACCAUCCCCUGCCUUAUGUUGUAACUGGGGGCGGCGCAACCAUCCUAAGUAAUAGGAUCAGCCAUGUCUUCAACUUGAGAGGUCCAAGCAUGGUCGUUGAUACAGCAUGCUCGGCCUCAAUGUAUGCACUACACCUUGCCAUAUUAUCUCUUCGUAAUGAAGACUGCGAUGCUGCUAUUGUCGGCAGCGGAAAUCUCAUUCUGAAUCCCGAGGCCCAGCUAUUCACGACCAAGCUUAACGCUAUUUCACCCACUUCUAGGAGUCAUACCUUUGACGCGGCUGCUGAUGGCUAUUCACGGGCUGAGGGGUUCGGGGCGAUAUAUGUCAAAAGACUCUCGGAUGCCCUGGCUCAAGGCGACCCCAUCAGAGCAGUCGUCCGCGGAACAUCUUUCAACGCAAAUGGAAAGACAGGGGGGAUUUCACACCCGAGCCCAGAAGGACAAGAAGCAGUGAUCAGGCAAGCAUAUAAAUCCGCAGGUCUGAGUAUUUCGGGGACUGGAUAUUUCGAGUGUCAUGGAACAGGAACACCAGUUGGCGACCCUAUCGAGGUUGCUGCCAUUGGAAGGGUAUUUGCUGCGGUGAACCAAGAUGAGCCUUUACUGAUUGGGUCUAUCAAGCCAAAUUUAGGACAUAGCGAGCCAGCCAGUGCCCUAGCCCAGAUCAUGAAAGCAGUUUUGGCUAUGGAGCAUGAAGAAAUACCAGCCACAAUAGGAAUCGAGAAAUUAAAUCCAGCCAUUGACUUCGAUAAAGCUCAUGUUGAAGUUGUGAGGAGCUUGAGGCAAUGGCCAAGCGCCAAACUUCGCCGAGUAAGCAUUAACAGCUUCGGUUAUGGUGGUGCAAAUGCCCAUUGCAUUCUAGACCAUCCUACCGUGGUACUCCCCAAGUACCGACUUGGUGGUCGUGCGCUUCCCAUCACCCAAGACUUGAAUGGAGUGAGUUCGAGUAGUAUUAAGUGGGAUGACCAUAAAGUGUUGCCCCAAACUAAUAACUGCUUUUCGCCGUCUGAAUGGAUACAGUCUCCCAAAGCUGAGGUUCGUCGAAUUGUGCUGAUCCCUGUAUCUUCCCAUGAUGAUCGCGCCUUGGAUAAAUCUAUCAGGGCCAUCGCGGGAGCUGCUAGCAGGUACAAGCUAGCCGAUCUUCUCUACACUCUCGGGGCCAGGAGGUCUUGUUUUAAUCUUCGCGCAUUUGCGGUGAUGCAUCAUCAGCUCCCCAGCCGCAAUCUCGAUGUCAACUUAAUGACUGUCAGCAAAGCUCCUAGCGCUGUGUCCCAAAAAAUUUGUUACAUCUUCACCGGUCAGGGCGCUCAAUGGCCUGCUAUGGGUGUAAAGUUAAUGAAUGAAUAUGGAGUCUUUCGAAACACCAUUCGAUAUCUCGAUUUAAUACUCGGGCAAUUGCAUGAAAGACCAACCUGGAGAAUUGAGGACGUGCUCCGGGAUUCAUCAACUACAAGUCGAAUCCACGAACCCGCUUUUGCGCAGACUAUUUGCACGGCCCUUCAAAUUUCAUUAGUUCACUUGCUGAGACAUUGGGGAAUAGCGCCGUCCGUUACGAUUGGCCAUUCUUCAGGGGAGAUUGCCGCAGCGUAUGCAGCUGGUCGCCUGCUAGCGAGCGAGGCCAUCAUUAUUGCAUAUUUCCGUGGCCAAGCUAUGCUAAAUAACAAGCAAGACGGCUUGAUGAUUGCCGUUGGUCUCGGUGCAAAGGCAAUCAAGCCCUAUCUCGUCGGAUUCGAGGAAGAGGUGAGAAUUGCAGCUAUUAAUUCUCCGGAAAGCACGACACUAUCUGGUGGCAGCGCAGCAAUACUUACUCUGGUUGAAACGUUCCUUUCUCAUAAUGUGUUCACUCGAAUCCUAAAGACCAACAAUAACGCAUAUCAUUCCCAUCAUAUGCUAAGCCUCGGGGAGGAUUACGAAAAUAAGAUAAGAAGCGCCCUUCACAAUUGGAACGUUGACUAUAGUGAGCCGCGGCAGCCGCUAGCAACCUGGAUCUCCUCCGUGAAUCCAGAAACGCAAGCAAAUGCCAGCAAUCCACGGUACUGGAGGCAGAACCUGGAGUCUACAGUUUGCUUCUCUGAUGCCUUCUCAAGACUAGCUCGGGAUAUGUCCGUGAUGGAUCUCGCGAUAGAGAUAGGACCUCACACGGCUUUAUACGGGCCUUACAAACAGAUCCGUAAGGUAGAGCCUACGCUUCCACCCUACUUGGGAUCACUCAAGAGAGGCAAGGACGAUGUCGAUUGCAUGCUCACACUAGCCGGCCAUCUGUACCUGAACAAUGCUCCUGUCGAUCUAGUUGCUGUAAAUGCAUCGGAACAACAGACAAAAGACGGGAAUAUCCGAUAUUUCUACGGUUACCCAUGUGUUGAUAUGCCACAGUAUAGCUUUUCAUAUCCUGAAAAGCCCCUUUAUCUCGAAAAUCGAUUCAACCGAGAGGUCAGACAACGUCGAUAUCUACGACACGACCUCCUUGGAUCAAGACAAGCUGGUGGUUCUGCAUCAUGUCCAUCUUGGAGGAAUAUUCUCAAAAUCAAAGACUUACCUUGGCUUGCUGAUCAUAAACUUGUCCCUCUUACGGUCCUUCCCGCCGCAGCAUACCUUACAAUGGCUGCGGAAGCGGCUCGGCAAAUUCAUAAUGAACAAGCGCUUGACGAAGGAGCCGACUUCAGUCCCAUCCACUCGAUUAAACUUCGUACGGUCGCUAUCAAAUCAGCAAUGCGACUUGAAGAGAGUGAACAUGGUAUAGAAACAAUAACACAUGUGGAGAGACUAGGACCGAAAAGUCCCAAUUUUGGGCCGAUUUGGUAUAAGUUUAUUAUUGAAUCUAUGCCAGUUGGGGAUGGUGGUAGCUGGACAGAGAACUGUUCAGGGGAGAUCAGUGUGGAAACUAGGGAAACGAAAAUCGAUCAAUACGAGCAACUGUCAAUCGACCCGCAAGCACGGUUGCUUGACGUGAAUCGCUGGUAUGAUGAAUUCCUGGCGGUUGGGCUUAGCUUCGGCCCAACUUUCCAGUGUCUUUCGAAGCUCCAGGCAUAUCGUGCUUCCCGUAGUGCUGCUGCACAGGUCUCGCUGAAUUCAACAGACGGUACCAUCAACGGUGGCGAGUCAGAAUACUUCACGUUGCACCCGACAGCUAUUGAUGCUUGCUUACAGCUCGCUCUCAUUGCUGUGCAUGCUGGUCAGGUGGAAAAUUCAAAAAGGGCUUUCGUACCAGUAUUCCUAGAUAAUGUUUCUCUUUGGGUCUCCGAUCUCUCACAAACAAAGGCCCAAGCAGUAGCGUGUGGCCAAUUUAUUGGAGAACGAAGCGCUCACGCCAAAACUCAGCUAUUUUCGAACUCAGGACGGCCAUUGUUAUUUAUAGGAGACAUGAGAUGUGUCAUGUUUCACGGAAGCGCCCGCCACAAUGAGUUUCCUGACACCGCUUAUGAACCGUAUUGGAAGAUCGACUCAAUGGUAGACGUGGUUACAUUGAGCAAUGAGCAAGCCCAACGUCUAUUCUCCCCAGCCACGCGUUCCGGAUCUGAAGAUGAGCAAAUUGAAGAACUUUGCAAGCACGUUCUCGUCGACAUGGAGCGGAUAAUGAAGGAGCAUCCGACUGAUACACAGGCACUAAGUCCCUCCCCGUUUGCGUUGUGGAUACAGGAUACAAAUAUACUGUCCACUUCACAGGAGAUUUCCAAACUGAAUGUUGACGAAAUACAGAGCAAUAUAAGAAAGGGGUUCUCGGAUCUGAAUCACAUUCUAGAAGUUCGAUGCAUUGAAGAAAUACACAACAAUAUAGAACGGGUUCUCUCCGACAAAACAGAUAUUACUAAGUUGUUGAUCGAUAAUGCUCUUCUCGACCAACUAUAUAGUUGUGGUAUAAGCGUGAAAGAGGCCCACAACCAACUUCGGAAAUUAGUAGACCUCUUCACGCACAAACACCCCAGAAGCCACAUCCUGGAAGUUGAUGGCGGCACAGGCGGGGCUACUGCAUCCGUACUUGAGGUUCUUGGGUCAAAAUUUCCGUCUUUCAAGCGAUUCGAAAGUUAUACCUUCACAGAUCCUGCAGACUGGUGUGUGGCAGGUGCUCGGGCUAAAUUUUCUGAUUAUAGGGGAGUGAAUUACCAUGUUUUCGAUAUUCGGCAAGACUCCCAAACUCAAGAGCUAGCGGGACGAUCAUUCGACUUGAUCAUCGCUACCGAUAGUAUGGGGAGAUUUUCCAAUGAUGUAACGUUUCUAAGGAAUGCUUCCAAUCUGUUACGACCAGGAGGGGCACUCAUUCUAGUGAAGCCUACACGCAAAAGACUUUACAUGGAAAUACUCUCUCGUUCAUCGACAGGUUCUUGGUGUCAAAAGUAUAACAUCAGAGGCUUAGAUGAAUGGAAUCAGUGUCUCAUGAAUUCUGGCUUCUUUGGAGCACAUGUUGCCCUUGACGAUUAUGCAGGAGACGAAUCAUUGUCGACCACAAUAAUAGCGUUCACUUUGGGCAACCCGCAGGGCAUCCUUGAAACCAGUCAGCCAAAACGCAACAUUUACUUGGUCUAUCGUGACUAUCCUCCCCCACUUGCAGGAUAUAUUAGCAAGGUGAUCGAGCAGUAUGAAUAUCGAUGUAUUUACGUCAGCCUUUCGUCAUGUGAUCAAGUUCCAUUAGGCGCAUCUGUCAUUUCGCUGGCGGAUAGUGAGAACAGCACUCUUCUCCAGUCUAGUUCGGAAUGCUUCGAGCAGAUUCAGUCCCUGGUUGCAAAAUCAUCAGUCCUUGCAUGGAUAACCACAUUUGAUGCAGGCGUCAAUUAUAGCGAAUCGGCUGUCAUGAAAGGAAUUUUGCGAUCUGUGGCAACUGAGAACGUCAACAUGAAGGUAGCCUACUUGGAGAUCUGCAAAAGCGAAUCGUACUUCAACGAUUUGUCGAGAACAGCUGAGCUCAUCACCUAUAAGAUCUUUCAAAUGGAAUCCUCCGGGCCCGAUAGUAUGAUUGACCGCGAAUGCAUACUGCGAGAUGGAAGCCUGCACAUUCAGAGGCUAGUACCAGAUGCACGCCUCAACGAAGCAUUUCGCCUGAGGAAUAAACUUCAGGAAGAUAUGCAGGAGUCCUUAGUUGACACCAAAAAGGCAUUGAAACCUCGUUACAAGAACCCUGGCUUGCUUUCUUCAAUGUAUUUUGAACCAGAUCAAAUGCCCUCAGAACCACUGAAGGAGGGAUGGGUCCAAAUUCGGACGCAGGCCAUCGGUCUCAACAUGAAAGACAUAGCAGUCGCUACGGCGCGGUAUGAUUCAAACUACCAAAGCCAUGAAGGGUCGGGUGAUGUUUGUCAAGUUGGCCCAGGAGUAGGCCCAUUUAAGAUAGGAGACCGUGUCUUCGGUCUCAUGUUUGGUAACAUGAGCACAUAUCUUCGGUGUCCUGUGCAAUAUAUCUCCAAAAUCCCCGAAGGAGAAUCCUAUGUCUCAGCUGCUUCACUACCGAUAUCGUAUCUCGCUGCUAUGUAUGCCCUUCAGCGGCUUGCGAGGAUAGAGAAGGGCGAGACGGUGCUGAUCGAAUCCGCCGCAGGAAGCCUUGGUAUCGCAGCAAUGCAGAUUGCCAAGCACCUGGGUGCUGAAAUUUACGUGACUGUUGGUAGUGAUGGCAAGAGAGAUUUCAUUAUCAAGAAUUUCGGUCUUCCGCCGUCGCAAAUAUUCCGCUCUCGCCACCCGACUCUGAUAGAGGACAUCAUGCGAGCCACACGAGGACGAGGGAUCGACGUUAUCCUCAGCACGACUCAGCACGCGAUGCAUGAGAUGUGGAGGUGCAUCGCCCCCCUCGGCAGGUUCAUUGAUCUGGGAAGAACUGCCGUCCUAGGUGCUGAAAAGCUGAGCCUCGAGAUUUUCCAGCGCAAUGCUACCUUUGCAUCAUUUGACAUCGUCGCCAUUGCUUUAGAGAAACCCCAGGUCAUUGAAGAAUUGAUGUGCGAUUUGAAGCGUAUGUGGACGAACGGGAUAGUCGUCCCUGUUGCACCUAUAACAUCUUUUGAGAUAUCCCAACUGGCCUCGGCAAUGUCGUUUUUUACCAAGGGACAGCAUAUGGGUAAAGUAGUCCUCGAUUUCAACAAGUCAACAAUACCAGCAAAGGUCUUGCGUGAUAUGCCUCAGAUUAGGUUGGAUCCGGAUGCUGGAUAUUUGUUUGCUGGCGGGCUCGGCGGCCUCGGUCGAUCUCUAUCGUGUUGGAUGGUUGAACGUGGUGCACGCCACAUAAUAUAUUUGUCUCGUAGCGGAAGCAAGCGACUGGACGUUGACUCUUUUUUGAAACGCCUUGCUGACAUGGGAGCUUGUCCUGAAGUCUUCAGCUGCGAUAUCACAAGCUUGGACUCCUUGACUUCAACAAUAUCACGCGUUUCCACCCGACUGCGGAUUCGAGGACUAAUCCAUGCUGCUAUGAUAGAGGGUGACGCCUUAUUUAGUAGAACGACAUACUCUCAGGUUCAGGCCGUCCUUGCUCCUAAGGUCGCAGGGACAGUUAACCUUCAUUUGGCAACGAGGCGUCUACCCCUUGACUUUUUCCUCAUGACGUCUUCCACCGUUGGAGUUAUAGGAACUUCAACGCAAUCGGCAUAUUGCGCGGCUAACGCUUUUCAGAAUGAGUUUGCUCGUCAGCGCCGCUCAGAAGGCCUACCGGCUACCUCGCUUGACCUGGGUCUGAUACUCGAGGUUGGAUCCGUCAGCCAGGCGAAAAAUGUGCAACAGUCUUUACAACGUGUCGCAACGUACGGUCAAUCGGAGACGGAGUUCUUACAGCUCGUAGAAGGAGUCUUGUGUGCAGCCCAAGAUGAUCCACGGCCAUGCAGCGGUUCUCAGGGGCAUAUUAUUACCGGAUUAGAACCGCGACGCUUCGUGGCACAAUGGGAGAAUAACCGAGCCUCCGAUUUAGUUUGGUACAAAGAUGCCCGCUUUCAAUCUGUUGUGCAAGCUAUCUCGGAUCAAGCGCGUUCCAGACCAUCAGCAGCCAUGAUGACUACGCGAAAAAGCCAGCCAGUGUCUAUGAGGCUGACAACCGCAGGGUCCUUGCGGGAGAAGACGACUAUUGUACAAGAGGCCAUUUCAGCUUAUAUUUCGGGGCUGUUAGGCGUAAGUGCGGAUGAAAUCAAUGUCAACAAAGCAAUGUCCAACUAUGGGCUAGAUAGUCUGGUGGUCCCUGAGUUACAGAAUUGGUUCAGCACGAAUUUCGGGAUGAAAGUUACGACGAUCCAACUAUUGGGUGAAGAAGCGACAGUGGCCAAUCUAGCGAGGAGAGCAAUCGAGGGUAUUCAGGAUGACGGCUCUUUAGUGGCUUAAGAGUUCUUAGCGGAUCAUUGCUCUGUAGACCAAAUCUGUAUACGCCCUUUAUGUAUGAUAUAUCGCACGUACCAGACUUACAGCAUAAAAUACACGUAACCUAAUAUAGUCACUUCCGACCUUCAAGAA